AUGGUCAAGCGACGCAGAGUAGGAGUCCAGCCUGCACGAGGUCCGAAGCGUGGAACCGGAAGCCGGGUUAAAAUCAUCUGUGCCUUCACAGGAUGUACACGGACGAAUGUUUGCUGCAAGAACAAAGGCAUCACAGCGAGUUAUGCAGCAGUGGACUCGUCUAAGACACGGAAGCUGCAUGCCACAGCGCAGCUGGUGCGGUUCUGCUGCCCGGAACAUCGUCAAAAAUGCUUACUCAAGGACAAACAACGACGGGGAGGUCGCGAGGCGCUAGAUGCGCAGCAGAUCGUCCACCUGUUCAGAAUCUUGGCCUGGCAACGCCCAUGGGCUGCUGUGCUUUUUUUGUUAAGCAUCAUGUGUGGGGAGAGAGCAGAAGCUACAUCGGUUGCCUGUGCCUCCUGGCUACGAAUCACGGAAAGUGAUCAAAGACCCAGCCUGCAAGUGCCCCGCGUCAACAAGAAGACGACGGCUCAUGAAGUUCCACUUCACCUGGACUUUGCUGCGCUGCUCCGGAGGUGGAUACUCGAGGAGCCAUUACAAGGGGCCGACAACCAACAGUGGCCAUUCCGUGGCCAGACAAUCAAUCUAUCAACCAAGCGGAGACGAGUCAGCUCAGACGUGUCAGCCUUCGAGUGGCAGUACCUGUUUCCUGGCAAGAUGGUUGGCGGUAAUUCUCGUCGUAACUUCGCGAAAGCAGUUACAACUCGGGCUUAUCACUACGUUCUGGUGGACGCGCAGCAGGCAAUAGCAAGAGAACUUGCCUGCGCUCGCAGACAAGGACAGCUCCAUCCGUUCCAGGACGUGAACCUGCAGCGUGUGACGUCGCACAGCGGUAAGAAAUCAUGUGCCACUCUCCUCAGCGAGUGUGCUACGGCCACAGUGAUUGGGCAAAUCACGGCAACAUCGCCGAGAAUCAUAGAAAAGGUUUAUGUGUGUCCUCGUCGAGAUCUACAACGAGAAGCUGUGCAGAAGGCAUUCUCACCGGUGGUUGCAGGUGUGGCUUCCCAGAAUCCCACGCCUGCGGCCGCAGAAGGUCCCUCCACGGAGGGGCUGGUUUGCUGCACCGCCUGCGGAAAGUUUCAAAAAUUUCUGGAUUGGAAGUUUUGCCCCUGUGGCACGAAGUACGUUACGGAUUUCUAG